AUGCCAGACUACCCUGCUGCCUAUGUCCAGGCAUUGCGGGCGGCCAGGCUCACCACCCGGUCGACCCACGAAGAUAUCGCCCUGCUCGAUGCUACAAAUGGCAGGCCUCAUUCAUGUACCUGGAGCAAUGCCGGCGAACACAGAGCCUUCGUUGAGUACUUUACACAGUAUCAGAAUGGCGACCUGGAUCCGGAAACUAUACUACAGUUUCGAACCGCCACCCGAGCCCUUCGUGAGAGUGUCCUGAAAAGGGCAGAUGUGGUUGUCUCCACCCUCUUUGCCGCUGGGCAGCACUCGCUAUACUCUGUUGUCAGACCGACUGUUAUUGCCGUGGAUGAGUGUGCGAAAUCGUUCGAAACGGAGCUCUGGUCGGCGAGUCCAGUUGAUGUUGUGGUCUUCAAGUUCUACGAAAAGCGGACCCUCAGAGCUAGAGCCGUCAGGAGCCGUCAGCUAUCUCUGAGCAACCUCACUUAG